GAGGGGCGGUACCCCGGCUCUCCCUUGGCCUUGAGCUAUCAGAAAAGACUGGCAGGAGACUAAACCUGUGUUCCUGAGUGGAAAGAAGGCAUUCCUGCAAGUGGGAGGACACUGCGGGUCAGAGCCGGGACUGUUGAUGCUGGUGCCCUGAGAGCUCUCGUGGUUCUCAGCCAACAGCUGCUGUGUCUGAGCAGCCCUGCUGAGAGGAAGGAGAAUGGCUUGCAUUGAGUUUUCCUUUCACAUGCCAAGUCUGGAGGAGCUUGCUGAAGUUUUGCAGAAGGGGCUAAAGGACAACUUUGCUGAUGUCCAGGUCUCAGUGGCUGACUGCCCAGAUUUAACAAAGGAGCCAUUUACCUUUCCUGUAAAAGGCAUCUGUGGGCAAACUAGAAUUGCAGAAGUAGGAGGUGUGCCUUACUUACUGCCUCUUGUAAACAAACAAAAAGUUUAUGACCUAAAUGAAAUUGCAAAAGUAAUAAAGCUGCCCGGAGCUUUUAUCCUUGGAGCGGGGGCAGGUCCAUUUCAGACGCUUGGGUUCAAUUCUGAGUUCAUGCCAAUUGUUCAAACAGCAAGUGAACACAACCGACCUGUGAAUGGAAGUUACUUUGCCCAUAAAAACCCUGCAGAUGGAGAGUGCCUGCUGGAGAAAUACAGCCAAAAAUACCAUGAUUUUGGAUGUGCACUACUGGCUAAUCUUUUUGCCAGUGAGGGCCAACCUGGCAAGGUCAUUGAAGUGCAAGCCAAGAGAAGAACAGGAGAACUUAACUUUGUGAGCUGCAUGAGACAGACACUGGAGGAGCACUAUGGUGACAAGCCUGUGGGGAUGGGAGGCACCUUCAUUGUGCAGAAAGGGAAAGUGAAAGCCCACAUCAUGCCUGAAGAGUUUUCUUCCUGCCCACUGAACUCGGACGAAGCUGUCAAUAAAUGGCUACACUUCUAUGAGAUGAAGGCUCCCUUGGUUUGUCUACCAGUUUUUGUUUCCAAAGACCCUGGACUUGAUUUGCGACUGGAACACACACAUUUCUUCAGUCAUCAUGGAGAAGGUGGACACUACCACUACGAUACGACUCCAGACACAGUGGAGUACCUUGGAUACUUCUCCCCUGCACAGUUCCUCUAUCGCAUUGAUCAGCCCAAAGAGACCCAUGCCUUUGGGAGAGAUUAAAGCAGCUGUGUAAUGGUUAGCUAAGGUAAAAUUACUAACCCAGCAACUGAUAGUAAUUAAAAAAUACAGUAGAGGACCAGAGAGAGAGAGAAAGAGGAAGAGAGAGAGGGGGACAGAGAGAGAGAGAGAGGUGUUCCCUAGCAAGCAGCCAAGGCCCUACCUUAAUCCUCAGCACAGCUAGUAAAAGUAAUCAGUACACAAGCACUAUUUUUAUGGCAUUUGAAAUGCAAGGAUGUGGACAUAUGACACUCAUCAUAUCAUCAUAUUACUUAACAUCUUCAUGUGAGGGGAGCGUAUUGGGAACAUAGAUAACUAACUGAGAUGCUCACUUUAGUAAACCAAUCUUCUGUCUUUAUAGCCCAGCAAAGUCUACCUUCUCUUCAUACCACAGAUAUGAAUGUGGACAGGGACCUUCCAUUAUUCCUGCUGUCUAGGAAUAACUUACAUUUGGGGGGCAUUACUAAAUUUUUCAAGUUCAUCUCACAAGGGCUAAGGGAGUAUUAGACUCAACAGUGUGGAAUCUUUGCACUGAGUUUUAAAAGCCCACUCUGGAAAUCAGUGUACUGUGUUCUCAGCACUCAGGGGACGACCCACACUCAGAAGUCUGCAGUUGCCUUCCACAGAUGUUAGUAACUACCCAAGAGCCAGGCUCUUCCUGCAUUAGGUCUCUACCCAACAGUUUGUACUUUCGUAAUACUGUUUGCAAGACAAGAAAGAAAAGAAACAGCAACAAAACACAACACCAAACACAGCCAUUCCCCAUCAUGAGAUAUAAAACUACCCUCUUAUUAUGUGGUGUCUUAAAGAGAUACUUUUGUGCCCUUUCUUUGGCUAUAUAGACUGUUGAGACAGUGAACCACAAGAAAUUGGAAUUCCCUCAGGAAUUUCAUGGCAGGAGAAGGGAAAGGCUGAAGCCUGGUGCCAGCCAGAGGAGAGGAGCUUGUCUUCUGGAAAGAGAUGUCACAGGACAAACAGGAACCCAGACAACAGUGGUGGGCAAGACCACAGCUUGACCUGCUUAGUUAGGUAUACCUCGUGCCUUCUAUUUAAACCUGAACCUCAUGCCAGGACCCAGCAUGAAUUCUGCAGGAUGGUGGGGGAGGGGUGGGAAUCCAUAGACCUGUUUAUUCCUCUUCCCAAAGUGACUACAUUCAAGGAAUCCUUUUGUGCUUUUCAAAGGAUAUUACACUAUUACUGAGAUUAAUGGCUAGCAUAUGGUGAUGAUGGUUAGAAAACUCCUUGCUGUUCUGUGUCAUAGAACCUGUGAUGAUUGUUAGCCAGAAAUCAACUUUCCAACCUUUCUAAUGGCAAUAAGAUGUGGGUCUAGGAACUCUUUAGAACUAAGCCCUAAACGUUUUCUGAUUCUUUACUUUGUAAUGCACAUGUCUUGUGUUAUUUUUAAUAAUACUGUUAGUUUUAAUUAAACAUGAUUUUUGAGGUGAAACUGAAUAAAAUCAUUUAAUACUGUU